AUGGAGAACGCGGUGGUGCUCCGGGAGUGGUUCGACCGCGUCGACGCCGCCGGCACCGGCAACAUCACGUCUCCUCAGCUCCAGAGCGCGCUGGCCGUGGGCAACCUCGACUUCCCCCUCUCCGUCGUGCAGCAGAUGAUCAGGAUGUACGACUUUGAUCGGAACGGCACCAUGAGCUUCGAAGAGUUCUUGGCUCUUAACAAGUUCCUUCAGAAGGUGCAGACUGUUUUCUCCUCCCUAGAAAGGGGCCGUGGAUUUCUCAGCCUUGAGGAUGUGUAUGAGGCGUUAAUCAAACUCAGUUUCUCUUUGGAUUCACCUGCCUUUUACACUGUCUGUGAGAGCUUCGACAAGAGCAAGAAGGGGAUGGUUCGUUUGGAUGAGUUCAUAUCGAUCUGCAUCUUUGUGCAGUCAGCUCGUAACUUGUUCAGCUCAUUUGACACAACCAAGCAAGGGAAAGUGACUUUGGAUUUCAACCAGUUCGUCUACUGCACGGCAAACUGCAGGAUAUAG